AGUAACUAUGAAGACGAACAAUUCUGCGUCGAAGUUUGACUUUGUAGCUCUCUGCUGCGAACAUAUGUUUUGUUUCAAGUCGAUUGUUCCGUCUCCUACGCAACAUUUGCAUUAUCCUCUGCUACCUUUUAAAUGCAGAGGAAUUGAAUUAACACGAUUUCAGUGACAAUACGGAUCGGCAAAGGACGAGAAUGGAUCGCCGGCUCUUGCUUCUUCUACUCCUCUUCCUCUUGGCGGCCACCGCCACCCAAGUUCAGGGACAGCCGCCAGGCUUUAUCUUCAUCGACUGCGGGAUCGAUCCAAACUCCUCCUACAUCGACCCAAACCUCGGCCUACGGUACGUCUCCGACGACCAAUUCAUCGACACGGGCGUAAACUACGCCGUCCCGAUGGCCAACGUACCUUCCUACCUUGCUCGGAGAUACUGGACAGUGAGGAGCUUCCCUGAGGGAUCUCGCAACUGCUACACCUUCAAGUCAAUCAGCCAGGGCUCAAAAUACAUCAUAAGAGCAGUCUUCUUGUACGGAAACUACGACUACAUGAAUAGUGCUUAUGUUCAGUUCGAUCUCUACCUCGGAGUCAAUCUCUGGAAGACCAUAAACCUGACAGAUCCUUCUGAAAACAUCUUCACUGAAACAGUCAGUGAAGCCACGGCUGAUGUGAUCUCAGUUUGCCUGGUCAACACCGGCCACGGAACUCCUUUCAUCUCUGGCUUAGAUCUGAGGCCUGUUCCGACCUCUCUGUAUCCUCAAGUCAACUCCUUAACCACUUUGGUCAACUUGUAUAGAAUCUACAUGGGGAAUUCUACUUGGAUCAGGUAUCCUGAUGAUCCAUAUGAUCGCAAUUGGUCCGACUUUGACACCCCACCUUCAUGGAGUGUGACAUCCACCAAUUCCAGCGUCCAAAACCAGAUGCAAGAUCAGUUUCGGCCGCCACAGAAAGUCAUGCAGAUUGCAGCAUACCCUACCAAUUCCACCACACUUCAUCUCAGCUUGGCACCCGAUCCAGGAGACCUGACAGAGUUCUAUACGGUCCUCUACUUCUCCGAGCUCCAGCCAAAUGCCACGAGGCAAUUCUUGAUCUACCUCAAUGGAGCCCUGCUGAACGACGGCAGGCCUUUGGCUCCAACCUACCUCCUCUCCGACGUCGUAUUCAAUUCUAAUCCAAGUUUAGGGUUUAGUGAGUGCAAUAUAACUCUUGUUGAAACAAGAAGCUCCAUGCUUCCACCUAUCAUAAAUUCCUUUGAGGUCUUCACAGCAAUGAGAAAUGCAAAUGUGGCAUCCAACAGCCAAGAUGUGGAUGCAAUGUUGGCAAUCAAAGGGUGGUACCUGGUGAGAAGAAACUGGAUGGGUGAUCCAUGCUCUCCACAAGCUUAUACUUGGGUUGGACUGAAUUGUACACUGAAUAAUUCUGGUGUUCCAAGGAUCACUGCAGUCAAUAUGUCAUACAGUGGAUUGACAGGUAAAAUAACCUCUUCCUUUGCCAACCUAAGCGCACUGCAUUACUUGGAUUUGUCUCAUAACAACUUAACGGGAUCAAUACCUGAUGCUCUGGGGUAUUUGCCAUCUCUCAGAGUUCUAGAUUUGACAGAUAACCAACUUAGAGGAGCCAUUCCUUCUGUUCUUCUUGAGAAAUCUCAGAAUGGUUCUAUUACUUUGAGAACUGAAGGCAACAUUUGUCUAGGUGGAGAUUCUUGCAAGACGGUGAAGAAGAAGAAGAAUUUAGUGGUUAUCGUCAUUGCUUGUGUAGUUGCAGUUGUGUGCAUGUGCUUGGUGGCUAUUAUCCUUCUCUGCAUACUGAAAAAGAGAAAAGCAAAAUGCACCGUCAAUGAGCUCCAAAAUAGAGGCAAAUAUCAUCUUGAAAAUAGAAAAUUCUCGUACAAGGAGCUGGAGUUCAUUACUGAUAACUUCAGCAAGAUCAUCGGAAAAGGAGGGUUCGGAAUUGUUUACUAUGGCCAUUUGGAAGAUGCUACUGAAGUUGCUGUCAAGUUGCUAACCAAAUCAUCUUUGCAAGGAAAAGAAGAUUUUCUUUCUGAGGCUGAACAUUUGACAAGGGUUCAUCACAAGAAUUUGGUUUCUUUGGUUGGUUAUUGCAUGGAUGAAGAUCAUUUGGCACUCGUAUGUGAGUUUAUGCCCAAGGGAAACCUUAAAGAAUACCUCAGAGCUAGUAAAACUGAUACACCUUUAAAAUGGGAACAACGUCUCCGAAUCGCCAUUGAUGCCGCACAAGGACUUGAGUAUCUGCACAUAGGAUGCAAGCCUCCACUUGUUCAUAGAGACGUGAAGACUGCGAACAUACUCUUGAACGAAAGAUUAGAAGCAAAAAUAACUGAUUUUGGGCUAUCCAAGACUUUCCAAGAUGACAAUACCCUUCACUCAUCCACAAGGAUUGUUGGCACUAUCGGAUACCUUGAUCCGGAGUACUAUGUCAAGAACCAACUCAGCCAGAAGAGCGAUGUGUAUAGCUUUGGAGUCGUCCUUUUGGAACUUGUCACUGGAAAAUCUCCCAUAUUUUGUGAUCUUGAAGACAUUCACAUAGUUCAAUGGGUUCAAAAGAGGCUUGCCAAUGGAAACAUAGAGGAUGUGAUAGACACAAGCUUAUGCGAAGAGGGAGUCAUGAAUUCAGCUUGGAAGGUGGCCAAUGUCGCAUUGGCAAGCACUACACACACUUCAAAUAGGAGGCCAACAAUGACUGAAGUGGUGAUGGAGCUAAGGGAAUGCUUGGCAAUGCACACUAAUGGUGAUAAGAUGUUGUUGAAGCACGGAAGCAGUGAGGUGUACUCAGAAUCUACUGAUCCGAGCCUCCUAGAACUUCAAUAUGUUGGAAGCAUUUCUGAUACCGAAGGCCCUUCGGCUCGAUGACAUGUUGCACUUACAUUGGCUGUUUGUCAAAAUUGGUUUCUAGUUUUGGAUAUGCAAAUUUGAAUAUGCUUCCAUUCAUGUGUCUAUUUCUAAGCUUCCGCUUGUGUUACCUUAGACAUUUUGUAUAUUGGAUCUUAUCUCACUAUUCGGUGGGCUAACAUGUUGUUUUAUAAUAGAUGGUUUUAUGCUUUUUCGAACAA